UUAUACCUCAUUGUGAGCAAAAAAAUCACAAGUGAGAAAUAUGGACAGUCAAUCCAAUCCUUUACACAUAUUAGUUUUCCCUUUCAUGGGCCAUGGCCAUACAAUACCUACCAUUGAUAUGGCCAAACUAUUUGCUUCAAAAGGUGUUAGGGUUACCAUAGUCACCACACCCCUCAACAAACCUCCCAUCUCCAAAGCCCUAGAACAAUCCAAAAUCCAUUUUAACAAUAUAGAUAUUCAAACCAUCAAGUUCCCUUGUGUAGAGGCAGGUUUACCUGAAGGAUGUGAGAAUGUUGAUUCAAUCCCUUCAGUUUCCUUUGUUCCUGCAUUCUUUGCUGCUAUUAGAUUGCUACAACAACCCUUUGAAGAACUAUUGCUUCAGCAAAAACCACAUUGUGUUGUUGCUGAUAUGUUCUUUCCAUGGGCAACCGAUUCGGCUGCAAAAUUUGGAAUUCCUAGGAUUGUGUUCCAUGGCACUAGUUUCUUUUCAUUGUGUGCUUCUCAAUGCAUGAAGAAAUAUCAACCUUACAAAAAUGUUUCUUCUGACACUGACCUAUUUGAGAUUACCGAUCUUCCCGGUAAUAUCAAAAUGACAAGGUUGCAGCUGCCAAAUACACUCACCGAAAACGAUCCCAUAAGCCAAAGCUUUGCCAAAUUAUUUGAGGAAAUUAAGGAUUCGGAGGUGAGGAGUUACGGAGUUAUUGUUAAUAGCUUCUAUGAGCUCGAGAAUGUUUAUGCAGAUUAUUAUAGAGAGGUACUUGGAAUAAAAGAAUGGCAUAUAGGUCCAUUCUCAAUUCACAAUAGAAAUAAGGAGGAAGAAAUACCAUCGUACCGAGGAAAAGAAGCAUCUAUUGACAAACACGAGUGUCUAAAGUGGCUUGACACAAAAAAUAUCAACUCAGUUGUUUACAUGUGUUUUGGAAGUAUGACACACUUCCUUAACUCUCAGCUUAAGGAAAUUGCUAUGGGACUCGAAGCAUCAGGGCAUAAUUUUAUUUGGGUUGUGAGGACACAGACAGAAGAUGGAGAUGAAUGGCUACCUGAAGGAUUCGAGGAAAGAACGGAAGGAAAAGGACUAAUUAUAAGAGGUUGGUCUCCACAAGUGAUGAUUCUUGAACAUGAAGCAAUCGGGGCAUUUGUGACGCAUUGCGGAUGGAAUUCGGUUUUAGAAGGAGUGGUAGCUGGAGUACCUAUGAUUACUUGGCCUGUGGCGGCCGAGCAAUUUUACAAUGAGAAGUUGGUCACUGAGGUACUUAAAACUGGUGUACCUGUUGGAGUUAAAAAGUGGGUUAUGAAGGUUGGGGAUAAUGUUGAAUGGGAUGCAGUGGAGAAGGCUGUGAAGAGGGUUAUGGAAGGGGAAGAAGCAUAUGAAAUGAGGAACAAAGCAAAAAUGCUUGCAGAAAUGGCAAAGAAAGCUGUGGAAGAAGAUGGAUCAUCUUACUCACAGUUGAAUGCCUUAAUUGAGGAGCUGCGUUCACUAUCUCACCACCAACACAUCUCACAAGAAUAAUAUGCAUGUCUAGUCUAGAAUAAAGCAACAUAGUAUUAUGACAAAUUUAACAUUUGCU